AUGGCCUUCUUCUCCGGGCUCUCGAGCUCCAUCGGCCGCCGGCUGCUUCUCUAUGGGUUGCGCCACAUCGACAUAUUCGACAAGGACCCUGCCGACUUCGUGAGCGUUGACGUGGGAAAGCGGACUACACUCGAGGUUCGGGACGUCGGCCUACACAUCAAGAAACUCGUCACACUAUUACAUCUCAAACUCCCUCCCGAAAUAAAUCUAUCGAAAGCGCGAGCCUCCCUACUCCGAGUCACCUUCGUCCUCGACUUCGGCGUUCCCCAGAUAUCAAUAGAGGUGGAUGGCAUACAAGUCCAGGCACAGCUGAUAGAGGACGUGGGAGAUGCCUCCUCAUCUCUUCCCGGCCAGCAACACAGCCCUUCACGAUCCUCGCCACCUACGAAACCAGCUUCGCCUUCCGCUACCUACAACGACCAGAGCGAUAGUGGUUCCGACGACGGUGACGAACAUGUGCCGACAGUAGACGAGUUGGCCAAGUCCUUCAUGAAAUCGGAGCCUGCCGAGGAGAUUCGUGAGCUGCAGCAGGAGCUAGCCUCCCAGUCAGAGUAUAUGCAAGAAUCUGUCUCCUCUAGUGACGAUGGUGACGAAGCUUCUGCGGGCAUCGGCGCUCCCCUGGCGCUCCCGACGUACCUGCGCAACAUUCUCAAUACUGCACUAGAUCGCCUGAGUAUCACCGUAAAUGACAUCGAUAUAGAAGUGGAAGAUCACUUCGCGAAGAACACCCAAGAUGCAGCAAAGCUAAAUCAGAACUCUCCAGUAUCUCUCAGCUUCCACGUCGAGCGCAUAGCGAUUGAUUCAAUAACUUCCAAAGACAUGCGCGUCGAGAUCGGGUCAGCAGCACCGUCACUCGAUAACACCAAGCUAGGUAAGCGAAGAAUGCGUGUGGAAAACAUCUGCGGACGCUUGGUAUCUGAUGUCGAGAACUACGCGUCUUCAUCGGGACUCUCACAACCAUCGUCUCCGAUCACAAUCCGAUCUGAAGUGUCAAUGAGCCAAGAGACCGCCAGCAACCCUGCAACGAGCAGUGUACAGGGCCUGCCUAUGCAUUGUAGCCAAUCUGCUGAACCAAGUCAGUUCGUACAGUCUAGCCAGUUUAUGCAAGAGGAAGGAAUUAGCUCCACGCAAUUGCCGGUAGACGAAGAGAUGCUUUCUAGUUCAAUAGCCUCGCCGACGCAAGGGGACGAGACAUACUCUCGCGAAAGGACUGUGUCCCCAGAGCAUCCUAAAUCUCCUGAACCGACAAUACUGGAAUCAUCUGUACAUACCGUAGACGACGAUCGUUUUGCAGAUGCUAAUUCCGAUGAUGGCCUGGAUCUGCGUGCUGCGGGUGGCUUACCCGAUCAAACUGAUCGACUUUCACCUGUGCAUGGUCUGGAUGGAAGCAGCGUACUUUACGACGACGAAGGCUUGCUUGAAUACGCCAUGCAGAAUAAUAUGCUCGACCCCCAAUUCGAUGACACGCCGGAAAUUGGACGACCGUCAGAAGAUAGAACUUGGGGGCUGGAUGGUGCAAGCUCAAGUCGGUACACUCACCAUUCAGGAGCGGCUAGCGAUGCCUCGCUAUCGGACUUACCUACUGUGUCUGCUCUCGGCCGCUCUUUUCAUGUGCCAAGUUCGACCCACUCCCCAGCUGAAUCGAGGCACGGUGAAGCAGCCUCCUCCUCUACUGACAAUCUAGCUUCAGCGAAAGAGCACACAGAUGAGGAAGCGCAAGUCUCUUUCGAUAGUCCACAUCAGCAGUUCGACUCAUUACCAUCACCAUCACCAUCACCUGAAGAAGACAUGGCCGAGUCCAAAUAUUUCACGCACGAUGAGGCCGAGAGCAUGUAUAUGAGCGCCGUAAGCGGAAACGCAGGUGAUAGCGCCCACCCGGCGCAUGUACCUGGAGGCUGGGACUCAUCCCCAGUUUCCAGCAGAGAUUCAAGUUCAGAUACCUCCAAAUCGAUACCACAGGACAUGAUAUCAGGGAGCAUACUAGCGCCUUUGCCCGAGACAGACGAAGGUUGCGAGACCCCUCGCCCGAGAAGCCGACAGAGUUCAAUCUUACUGCCAAACUCCGAUCGUCCCUAUACCCCUAAGCCUGACGCUUCCGCUUUUCGAAAACAAGCGAGGCGUUUCCUCUCCAUCGAUGAGAUUACUGUCUGGUUCCCUCUAGUCCUUGACGAUGAAGAGAGCAGCGGCGAUACAAAUGAAGGUGCCACGCAGACAGUAGGACUGGACUUCAAGCCUUCCAAUUUGGGUGAAGAUUCAAUCUUUGCCGAGAUGCCGGGGUCGUUCUCCAACUAUGCUUACGCUUCCUCACAUCGACAAAAGCCCUCGUUAGAUGCAUCAUCUCGCGGACGACCCACUCCGGAAGCACCACACGCACCCCAACCACCAACACAGUCGAAGCCGACAUAUGUGCCUUCCAUUAUUGUUGACGUGGGCAACAUAGCAGGGCACAUGGACAUUUCAACUGGUCGUAUCAUGGCUGGCAUGUUUGCUCGGCUUAUGCAAGCUGUGAGUGGUGAGCCGCUUUCGGAAAAGAAAGUUGUAGCACCCGAACCGACAGAAGCUGGAAAGAAUUCCGCUAGUAGUCUCGAAGUCUCUGUUAAGCAUAUUGCGAUAUCGUGGCUGGAAAACAUCUUGACAGAGUCUUUCCAAGAAGGACCAGUCACGAACCAGCAACUCGAUCUCAAACCGAUGGAUGCGAUUCUGAGGAUCAAUCUUUCAGCAAUACAUCUCAACAGUCAGAGCAGCGGCUCUACUGCACGGUCACAAAUCCGGAUCGGUAAAUUCGUGCUCGCAUCCUUGGAUAACGAUAUCAUUUCUUUCCGCAGUUCACGACCAAGAUCCAGACGCUCAGCCAAUGUCAUGCCAGAACAGCCCAGCCAUGACAUAGAAGUUGAGAUAGAGCAGGGCAAAGACACUCGCAUCACCGUCGUUACACGACCCGUCAAAGUCAUGUUCGAUAUUCAGAAGCUGGACACAGCGCUCGGUUCUUUCGGAGGUUUUAGUGGCAUGCUUGAAUUGAGCAGCUCUAUGAAUUCGACUAGCACCGUUCAGAGUCCAGUCAUGUCUCCAGCACGCCCUCGUCCUCGUGGCGUCCAUUUUGGUGAUGGUUUGCAUCCGCCCGUCAAAUCACCGCCACCAGCUGCAAAUCCUCCUAAGAUCCAGGUCCAAUUCGGAGAGGUCUCCUUCACGCUCAAGGGGAAGGCAUGUUCUAUGCAGCUGCAGACGACAUCCGUGCGAAUUGCUGUACGGCAAAGCAACGUGCGUCUCAAGGUUUCCGAGAUCCAGCUCUCUGGUCCCUACACAGAAGAGACCAGCAAAACUGCACCUUUCGCUGCAGAAGUGAAGGGCACUACGAUCAGUUUCCUUUUCGAACCCGAAGAGACCGACCUAGCGAGACUGAUCUCCCUGAUCACGCCAUCAAAGAAUCCUUACGAAAACAACGACGACAUUCUAAUCGAGACACUACUGCGCCAGCGCAGGAAGGGCUCAGUGCUCCGAGUCGAGACCAGCGAAGUCGGAAUUUGGGUUUCGGACAUCCAAGAACUGAGGACGUUAGAAAGUCUUGGUGUAGAGCUAGCGCGGUUGUCGAAGGUCACAAAAUACCUGCCGGAUGACGAUCGACCAGGCCUUCUCAGCCUUGUAUCAGUGAAGCAGCUGGACGCCCGGGUCAUGGUGAAUGAGAAGCUUGGUAACGUGUCUGUCAUUCUGCGAGAGGCUGCACUAGCACAAAUUGGUGUUCCGGCUUUGCUGGCUGUUGAAGUUGGCAAUGCAACUGUUAGUAGGGAGACCGAAGUGUUGAUCCACGAAGUGGUCAAACUCCGCCCAUCGGAACAAUUACCUGUCAUCAUGCUAAGAAUGGUGGGUGAUGAGAUGGAGCCCAUGGCGAAGGUGAAGUUUUUCAACCUCUGUGUUGAAUACCGAGUCAGCACUAUCAUGGCAGCCUUAGGGAUAUCUGAGGAUGGCACGGUUGACAGUCUUGCUCAGGGCCUGGCAUCGAGCGUCGCAACUAUCACAGGUGCCUCUCCGCCCCAAAGCCUUAGUCGACAAUCCUCCCAAGUAAGUUCGCCUGCGACAGUCACUCCUCAGCCGCUACAGGUCGACCUGCUGCUGAGGAAUUGCGCAAUCGGUCUGAAUCCUCGAAAGUCAUCCUCUAAAGGUUUAUUUGUGCUUACAGAGGCACAUGUUGUGGGCAAGCAAGCAAUGGAUGACUACUCUGUUACGGUAGACCUUCGGAAGGCUUCGAUGCAUGCUAUAGAUGACAUAGCGCGUCUGGAGGAGGAGCACGAGUCGGCUUCACCUUUUCCUUCUACAAACAGUCAUCUUCUGGAACUCAGCAAGUUAGGCUACGUGUCUUUGAGCUCGAUUGCGGCGGCUAAGGUGUAUGUCAACAUUAGAGGCGAUGGGAAGGAAAGGCCACAGUUGGUGGACGUUGAGUUCAAGAAUGAGUUGUUUGUCAUUGAAUCAUGUGCAGAUUCUACGCAGACCCUCAUCACAAUCCUGAACGGCCUACAGCCACCAAUGGCACCUUCUACCGCUGAACAAUAUCGGACUGUGGUACCUCUACAGCAAAUGAUGGAGUCGUUCACUGGCGACGAAUUGAUCGAAGACGAAGAGACUGGCGCUGUCGACUUCAUGAGCAAUGCCGAUCUAGUUGAGGACGAUGUACCAACCAACCUUGAGUUCGUUGGGAGCAUCUAUAACUCACAGUCUUUGCCUACACACGAGGAGAUGGGCGACAGCCUACUUGGUGAGGACGACCUCAGCGCUUUGGCUACGCCACCCAUGACUCGCCAACGUGGUGACCGAGCUCUUUUGGAAAGCUUCCAGGAGAAGUACGAGAUCACUCAAGGCGAAGAAGAUUUCGAUUUCAGCGACGAAUACUUUGGGGAGUCAAAAGUGGAACCAAAGGGUAAAGCCCGCAAAUGGGAUUCUGCUAAGAACCAAUACCAUCUCUCGAACGAGUUCAAGACUCCAGAUGCACCGCUAAAAGUGCGUGUGCGCGACGUCAAUAUUAUCUGGAAUUUAUACGAUGGCUACGACUGGCCUCGAACACGAAGUAUCAUCACUCAAGCCGUGGACGAUGUAGAGGCUCGCGCAGAGGAACGACGACGCAAAGCAAGAGAAGAAGAUGACGAUGAUGACUUUGUUGAAGAAGACUUCCUCUUCAAUUCUGUUUGGAUUGGUGUACCCAUCAAGGAGGAGAAGGGAGCUCUUGCUCGGCGCAUCAACCACGAAAUCGACGAUCUUGCCAGCGAAACGGGUAGCUAUGCAACUUCGACAGCAACACGUUCUACAGGAGCUACCGUACGGCCCCGCAGUGCGACCAAGUCUAGGCGUCGUCUCAAGCUUCAGCGCAGCAAACACAAGAAGAUUGCGUUCUCACUGAAGGGCGUCGCCGUCGACUUUGUCGUAUUUCCGCCCGACACAGGGGAAACGAUUAAUUCCGUCAACGUCCGCGUGCAAGAUCUCGAGGUUUACGACCAUGUCCCUACCUCCUCAUGGCACAAAUUCAUCACAUGUGCCAUAGAUCCAGAUAUGAGGGAACUCAUCCGUCCAAUGAUCAAUCUCGAACUCGUAACAGUCAAGCCAGUCACUGAUCUGGCUGCAUCUGAACUCGUCAUCAAGGUAAACGUACUUCCACUCCGCUUGCAUGUCGACCAAGAUGCAUUGGAGUUCAUCACACGUUUCUUCGAAUUCAAAGACGAAACGGCACCUGCUAGUACCCCAGCUGGUGAUCAGCCCUUCAUCCAGCGACUGGAGGUGAUGGCGGUCCACAUGAAGCUAGACUACAAACCCAAGCGUGUCGACUAUCGCAGUAUUCGAUCCGGACACACAACCGAAUUCAAAAACUUCCUGAUACUAGAUGGUUCGGAUAUCAUCUUGCGCCAUGCUAUUGUGUAUGGAAUUACAUCGUUCGACAAGCUGCACCAGACUUUGAACGAUGUCUGGAUGCCGGAUGUGAUUAAUAACCAGCUACCGGGUGUAUUAUCGGGCUUGGCAGCUGUACGCCCCCUCGUGAAUGUCGGAUCUAGCCUCAAAGACCUCGUGGUGGUGCCUAUGCGCGAGUACAAGAAGGACGGUCGGAUCGUUCGAAGUUUACAGAAGGGCGUGUACGCGUUCGCCAGAAACACCACAUCGGAGGUGGCACGUCUGGGCGCAAAGGUAGCAAUCGGUACUCAGAACCUACUCGAAGGCGCUGAGGUGUUCCUAAACCCGCAGACUGCCUCGCCGAGUGGUCAUCAGUCUCUCGACUGGGACGGCGAAGAUCCGAAUUCUGACACCGAGGAGCCACGCGCCGUAUCCAACUACGCUAACCAGCCAAUUGGUGUGCGCGCUGGUCUCCGUAGUGCAGCUCGGCACCUUGAGCGUGACUUGCUUACUGCUCGCGACGCAGUAAUAGCGAUACCUGCAGAGGUGAUGGAAGAGGGUAGUGGAACUGGUGUUGCAAGGGCGCUAGCUCGACAUGCCCCAACUGUCAUAUUACGGCCCGCACUUGGUGCUACGAAAGCGCUGAGUAAUGCCUUGUUAGGCGUUGGUAACGCACUUGAUGCGGGGUCUAGACGUAAGAUUGGCGACAAAUACAAAUCCUACUAG